AGAACUGCGGAUUUCUUUCGGGCUUCCACGAGGAGCAGCCACCAGUGAGCUCGGAGCACAUUUCAGUUCCACUCUACCCACGGCUGAUUCAAGGUGUCUUCGGCGUUUACACACGUCUUUCUUCAAGAAAUAGCCACUAUCGUCUCCGUCUUGUCGCCGUGUAUCUUGCCUUGGAAGAUGUUGUCUUCCCGUCCACGUCUUGGACGUUUCGUCUUGAUCAUAUCGCGAUAUUCGCGAUUACCUUUAUCAAAUCGCUUCUAGAAACACCGGUCGUCGUCGUGCUGCCGUGGACGUCGGGGUCAGUUUCUUUCCGCAUUCGCAUCUUAGGUGCAGCGUGCAUCUUAUUUUUAAUGAGCGGCACACAAUCUUAUCGAUUGAAUCGGUAUCUUUUCAAAUGUGACCGAGAUAAGAACACACGACAUUGCGUGGAAUUUCGGAAGUGACUAUAUGUUGCUCUGGGACAACCAAGCGACAUUCACUCAGUUAGUGUCUUACUGUUCGCGUACUAGUACUGAAACUUGUUGUUCGCGCGCAGAUGUGCCUUAUUUACAAGAUUGCAGCAUCCACUGGUUCCUUGUGAGCCUCUUACUAAUUUGCAGUGCUUCAAUCGAUCGACAAAGUGUACUUGAGAUUGUGAAAAAUGUUUCAACCAAUUGAUUUGUAUGUUUAUGAUAAAGAAUGAAAAGUAUUUUAAAAAAUAUUUAAAAACUUAUCGAUGAAAUAUGUAUUAUUAGUUACGCAUGGAAAUACUCCUUUAAUCAAAUUUCUAUCUUGUGUACUUAUAAAAUUAGUGGAAAAGUGAAAAAAGUGAUCGAAAGUGCGGUUAAGUUUAACGAACAGGAUCAACACUUCAUUUGGAUAAGCGAUCUUUAACACAAAUUUUUGGAUAUAGCAAAAACUUUAUGAAAUUUUUUGGUAAUUUAUGUACAAAAGACAUUUGCUCUACCUGUGAUACUAAAGUUGUAGAAUACAAAUUCGGGAACUCUCUACUGAAAACAAGUAAAGUGCGUUACAACUUUCCUUAAAAUUCACAACGGUAACGACUGUCUACAACAAUUUCAAUCUGUGAUAAUAAAACACUAUUACAAAUCAUAAAAGUUCGUUACAUAUGUUCUUAUAUGUAAAAACUACAAAAUUAAAGCAAAAUCAUGAAAGGUUGUAAACUUUGUGAAAUGCUCGAGUACCAGCAACAGCAACAACAGAAGCUUCUGUUGAAGAGUGGUAGCCUAACAAGCACCGCAAGCAAACUUCCAACAACCAGUAGCCGGCAUCUACUCAACUAUUGCAACCACCUGGCUUCCAUAAGACGCUCGAGUACAGGGAGCAGUGGGAGCGCCUGCGAAUCAAAUGGAUCGCCGUCCAUGUCUUCAGCCUCGUCAUCUUCAUCACUGAUAUCAGUACCAUCACCGACUACCAGCUUGCCUUCACCUGUAGCCGUUGCUGCUGCCGCGGCUGCAGCAUCCGCCAGCACCAUGGGUGCCCAUCUAACAGGUUCUUCCACAUUGGGGGUUCCCGUGCCAACUUCUCCCAGUAGCAGUUCGUUAGCGGCAAAUCUUGAACAAUCGUACCAUGCCAUUUUACCGCCACAUUUUCGUGAUAUGUUCUAUGCUACACAUUUGCUCAGAGAUUUCAUUGCACAUAGAUUGGUAUAUCGGAUUGGAAUUAAAUUUAAUCAGUCUAAGAUUUUCUGUUGAACACAUGUAUUAGCAUCGGUAAUAGUGCACCUUCGUAGUUUUAGGUAUUGCACACAGAAUUUAUUAUACUUUUCUAAAUUUGUAUAGAUAUCAAAGGCACAAUAAACAUUUGAAAGACAUACAACUACACAUACUUUUCAUUUACAAAAU